AUGCGCCGUGAUGCGAACAAACUUCUUAAAGAAAUUGUUUAUGGUUCAAACGCAAAAGACACCGAUGUUUUUGCCAACAAUGAUCUGUUUAUGCCAGCUCAGACUCCCGAAUCUGCUGCAAAACUAGCUCAUAUAUUAUUCUCGACUCCAACAUCUUCGCUUAACCGAAAGCUGUUGGACAUUAAAGACUGCACAUGUGCGGUUAUAAAGCCACAUGCUGUUCAAAGCCAUCGAGUUGGUGACAUAUGGGAAGCCAUUCAAUCAAACGGUUUUUGCAUUACUGCGGCACAGGCCUUUCGACUCUCGAAGGUGGAUGCAAGCGAGUUUCUGGAGGUGUAUAAGGGUGUUCUCGCUGAAUACUCCGAAUUAAUCUCUGAGUUCACGUCGGGGCCGUGUGUUGCUCUACAAGUUACCCGGGCUGACACGAACCGUGAUGCACCUCGUAAUCCAGGCGACCCGUCAUCUGUGCAGCAGCUCUUUCGUGAUAUUGUGGGGCCCAUGGACCCAGUUAGUUAA